GGUUGCACUUUUCUGUCAAUAACGAAGAAGGAGAGGCGGGGCUACGGCGGCCAGCGGGCUCGGUUGCUCUUUUCGUGUGUGAGUGUAUGUGAAAAAGCCCAGAGAGCGCUGGAGAGGAGAGGAAAGAAAUCAUGGGGAAUGUUAUGGCUGCCAGCUCUCCCUCUCCCCCUCUUGCAGGGUCCUCUCCAGGCCCUGGUUUAGUAUCUGUGCCUCCUGGGUUCACAAUGCCCCCUGUCUCUGGCUUGGGCCAAGUAGCAGAAAAGAAAGAAACUCAGGAAGAGCGGUUACCGAAUCCCGGCACGUAUGAAGAGUGCCACCGCAAGUGCAAAGAAUUAUUCCCCAUUCAGAUGGAAGGUGUGAAACUUAUUGUAAAUAAAGGGUUGAGUAACUAUUUCCAGGUAAACCAUACGGUCUCACUCAGUGCUCUCAGUGAUUCAAGUUAUCAAUUUGGAGCCACAUAUGUUGGAACAAAGCAGCUGAGCCCAGCAGAGGCAUUUCCUGUUUUAGUUGGAGCAAUGGAUAACAGUGGCAGCCUGAACGCACAAAUAAUCCAUCAAGCCACUCAAUGUGUCCGAUCAAAGAUUGCACUUCAGACUCAGCAGUCGAAGUUUGUGAACUGGCAGCUAGACACAGAAUACAGAGGAGAAGACUUCACAGCCGCCGUCACAUUGGGCAACCCUGACAUACUAGUGGGAUCUGGUAUUGUGGUUGCACACUACAUGCAGAGCAUCACACCCAGUCUGGCACUGGGAGGAGAACUUGUCUACCACCGGCGUCCUGGGGAAGAGGGAACAGUGAUGUCAUUAGCAGGAAGAUACACAGCUCCAAAUUGGACCGGGACAUUAACUCUAGGACAAGCAGGAGCGCACGCAACAUAUUACCAUAAAGCUAAUGAUCAGCUUCAAGUAGGAGUGGAGUUUGAAGCUAACACCCGGAUGCAGGACACAAGUGUCACCUUGGGUUACCAGCUGGAUCUCCCCAAAGCCAACCUACUGUUUAAAGGCUCGCUGGACAGUAAUUGGCUAGUCGGAGCAACUUUAGAAAAGAAACUUCCACCACUUCCUCUCACGCUAGCCAUGGGAGCCUUCCUCAACCACAAGAAGAACAAAUUUGUGUGCGGCUUCGGCUUGACCAUCGGUUAACAUCAUCUUCCGUUAACGGCUUGUGGUCUCUCCUCCACACCUAGACAUGCGGCCUCUCCCUCUGCUUUUCUGACUGCCUUCCCCUUCUCCCUAAUUUCUUAACUCGCCCUUCCACCACAAAACUCCUGCCAGGCACAUUUUUUAUGGACUUUUAUUUUAUCAUUGGGGUUAGGGAGGCAGUGGAGGAAUUUCCUGAUCUUUAACGUAGGUACUUGGAGCGGAGGGGGAGCCAUCCUUGUCUUCAUAUGUCUACUCUUACGAGUGACCUCAUAGUUAAUAAGGUCUGAUGGGAGAUUUAGGCUGGUCUGUAGCAACCAAUCCGAUUGGCCAUUUCAUAGCUGUAUUGCGUUAUGGAAUAGCCAGACAACAUUGUAUUGGUUGCUUUGUGCAUGGACAGUCUCUCUUCAGAGAUAUUGGUCAACAGUUACUUUGGUUUGAGUGAGUUUUCUGUCUGUGUUUGUCCUGUCCAGUCCCCGAAUCAAAAGCUGUUCCCUCAUUUUUUUAUUUGUAUCUUCUAAACCAUUUAUGCAGUCUUCUCAACAACUCCAUGUUAUGAAUGUGACUUGCCUUUCUGUGAGUGUGAUGCCACAAGUGACUGAUCUUUCCCAUCUUGUCUGUCCGAUCCGCCAUCUUGUUCUGUUCUACUCUGGCUUAUCAUUUCUGGGGUUGGGAGGUGUCAUGUCUAGGAGGAGGGUCUGUUCUGGGACCUACCUAAGCCCUCCUAGGCCUUGUGCUGCUGUUGGCGAGGGGAGGAGGCUUCACUCCUGCUGCCUCCUGACCUCCCGCUGUAGGAACUUGGAUGUAAAUCAUGUUUAUAAGUUAUAAAGAGAAAAAUGACACUGAUCUUUUACACAAAACUGAUGUGGAGCCCAGAGCGAAGUCAUGACCGGGCAUGUACAGCACCAAUAAAGUGACUUCCGCAACGGGA